UUAUUUAAUUAAAAAAACUUUCUUUUAAUAAUAUAAUAAAAUGUCUUUGUUUUCUCGUUUUAUUACAACUUGGAAACAUGCAAGAUUUCCAUGGCGUACUAGAUUUUAUGUGGGUUCAGAUCAUUUAGGUAAUGAUUAUUAUGAAAGUACUAGAAAAAUUAAUGGUAGAACGAAAAGAAUGGUUGAAAUAAAAGGAAAACAAGAUGAUAUCUUUGACUUUUUUAGUAAUGAAAUACCUGUACAAUGGAAUAGUUGGUUAAGACAUACAAGAUAUGAUUCACCUACAAUAGAAGAAAUCGUGUUAGCUAAUAAACGACGCGAUUUGAUUAUUGAAAGAGCGAAAAAAUUGGAUCAAGAGUAUGAAGAGCGAAAGGCAAACGAUGAUUUGAUGAAAAGUCAACAAGAAUCUAAACCAGAAACUGAAGGAGACAAAAAACGUGAAUUUCUUUUUAGGCCUCCAACAAUACCUAGUGAUGAUUUUGAACCUGAAACUUGGAAUCCAGCUUUCAAGAAAAAGUAAUUGUUAUAAACAAAACAUUUAAAUGAAAUAUAUAUAAAUAAAAAGGUUUAAUUUUACAAA